UCAAGAUGACGCUAUUAUCAUCUUACGUUCUAGUCAUUGAUAUGACUUAACACGCAAUAGGUAAUUGACCAUUUGCUUUAGUUUACACUCACGCUUUGUUAAUAUUAAGAUAAACGUAUAAGCAAUUCGUGCAACUAGAAGAUUUCUGUAUGUUCUGCGAAAUCACAAUUGAUUAACUCAACUGUGCGACUUGAACGCAACUAUUUCCGUGUUUACAUCACAAUGGUAUCCGUCGUGGAGGUCCUGUGCCUCUUGCUGGUGGCGAUAUUAUGGGGCUGCACCAACCCCUUCCUGAAAAGGGGCACGGAAGGAAUAGAGCAUGUGAAAAGAACCAACAAGGUUUUACAAGUUCUGGCGGAAGUCAAGUUCCUAUUCCUUAAUCUCCAGUAUUUGGUCCCAUUCCUUCUGAACCAGCUGGGGUCGUUGGUUUACUAUUUCACCCUGGCCACAACAGAUUUAUCCCUAGCUGUUCCUGUGACCAACUCCCUGACUUUCCUUUUAACUGUGCUUACUGGCAAGAUUCUUGGCGAAGAGUUUGGAGGCAAACGAGCUGUCGGGGGAAUGGUCCUUACCAUGGUAGGCAUCACUCUGUGCAUCGUAAGCUCCAUCAGGGACACGCCCAUCCUCAGCAGUGAACGGAACCAGGCAGAUGCCACUCUUCAAUAAGGAACUCUUCCCUUUUCAUCAUCAAUCAUCACGCUUUAUAAUGAUUCACAUGUGUUUAUCCUCCAGUGAGGAGGUGCCCCGUCAGGUAACAAGGAUCAUGGAAUUGAUCGUUUUUUGGCAAAGUAUUAGGAUGAAAUACAAAAAAAGAAUCAAAGACUAGGGUAUAAGCCCUGGCCCACUCCUCCUGUUAAAUAGGCUGAGCCCUGGGUUCACAUAGGGUUCACUUCAGCGCUGAAGCAGAUUUACAGCCCCUGAAUAGAAUUUCCUGCUCGUUAACUUGUACUUUACGGCACUGAACGCCUUUACUGGCAUCUAUACAGACACUAUAGAAACCACAUACAAAAAGGGUGAUGGUUGAACGCGAACAAACAAACUGUCAUUGCCUUUUCACGGGGGCUGUCUUACUGUCUUACUAGUGUCCGCUGUGAUCUGUGACCGUUAGUGUUGAGAGCAAACGCAAGCAUGGUGAAAUGAACAAUUUACAUAACAUAGGUAUAUUUUUUAUAUAUAUUUUUUGCUUUUGCUAUGUGGUGGGCCCUGCUGAAUAGUUGUUUAUUUCCAUAAAAAGGUUAUUUGGGCAUUCUGUAUGCAUUUUGUUUAAUAUAUAUGAAUGUAUAAUGUAAUAAAUUAAUAUUCAGCAA